AUGGCGUAUAGGUCGAUGUUGGUCCGCUUAUUUUCUGGACCUUGUAUACUAACUUUCAAAAAGAAUCAUCCCAUUGACUAUAUGGACAUGAUGAGAUCCUUUGAGGGAAAGAAAAAGACAUUUAAGCUUGAUGAUACCAAGGUUAGUAGCAGAAUUGCAGCAACAUUGUUAGAAAUUAGCGAGGAAAAUUGUCAAAGUAGCUUUGAAGAUAUUGCAAGCAAUUCACAAUAUGCACGAGGAGUCCACGUAAAAAGAGAUAAACUGUUUAUUGAUGUCAACAUUUAUCUCGAAUUUUUUAAUCAUUCACUGUCAAAACUUGUCCAAGACAUAAAUGAAGUCCUACAGCAUGAAAGAUGUCACGAUGUCAGAGCAAUCAUGCUAGUUGGAGGGUAUGCUGACUGUGGAUUAUUGUUAAAUGCAGUGAAACAAGAAUUUCCAGAUAAAGAUGUGUUUGUGCCUCACGAAGGCAGUUUGUCAGUUCUCACAGGUGCUGUUAUUUAUGGUCAUAUACCUAAAAUUGUCUCUUCACGUGUUUGCAAUUAUACUUACGGUAUUUCUGUUUUACGACCGUUCCAACCUGGCAUGCCACAAGAGAAAAUGGUAAUACACGAUGGAGAAUUAUAUUGUGAAGGUGUUUUUAGGAUCGCAUACAAAAUAGACACUGUAGUAAAUGUAGGUCAUACGGAAAGGAUACCUGUAGUUGCGACGUUCUUUGAUCCCCAGAGACAUCAUCUACGAAAACUACCAUUGACGGUCUCUGUCUACAUAUCUGACAAGGAAGAUCCAGAAUUUGUGGCUGAUCAAGGAUGCAGAGAACAUUGUGUUUUCCAAGUACCUCCAGUAAAGGGUGAAUGGCUAAAAGAAGUCCAUGGGUAUAUUGAUUUUGAAAUAUCAGGAACGGAAAUGAUUGGUACUUUUGUGGAUAAAGACACCGGCGAUAUUAUCACGUCGGUGAAAAUUGAGUUCCUGCCUAAAACAGAACAAAAUCCUCCAAAUGACAAGAGGCAGCGUAUUUACGAUCCUGAAAAUAGCUAUUAA